AUGAUGAUGAGCUGCAGCUGCGUCACUCACCUGCUUUACUUCUUGAUCGCUGCUCGUGAAGACUUGUGCUCCGAGCUGAGGACUCAGGGAGAUCCUCAGUUCCUCCUCAGUUCCUCCUCAGUUCCUCCUCAGUUCCUCCUCAGGUCCUCCUCAGAUCCUCCUCAGAUCCUCCUCAGAUCCUCCUCAGAUCCUCCUCAGAUCCUCAGGAGGACCAGCAGGACCAGCUUCUGCACUAAAGUCUCACUCGUCUGUCUCCUCAGUGACCUGCUGGAGGACUUGGAGAGGAGUCCUCACGCUGCAGCCAUCGCAGAGUGCUUCGUAGAGAGGAGUGAAGCCUUCGACAUCUACACACUUUACUGCAUGAACUACCCAAAUUCGGUGGCGGUGCUGAGGGACUGCAUGAAAAACAAAAGUCUGGUUCAUUUCUUCAAGGAGAGACAGACGACUCUGAACCAUUCUUUACCUCUGGAGACAUACCUGCUCAAACCAGUGCAGAGGAUCCUCAAAUACCACCUGCUGCUACAGGAGCUUUCUAAGCACUUUGGCAAGAGCGACCCCGGAUAUGAAGUCAUUGAGGACGCCAUCAUCACCAUGACGGCAGUCGCCUGGUACAUCAACGACAUGAAGAGGAAACAGGAGCACGCAGUACGACUACAGGAAAUUGAGUCCCUGCUGGUGAACUGGAGUGGGCCGGACCUCAGCGGGUUUGGAGAGCUGGUUCUGGAAGGUUCCUUCAAGGUCCACCGAGUGAAGAAGGAGAGAGCAUUCUUCCUGUUCGACAAGAUGCUGCUGAUCGCCAAGAAGAGGCUGGAGCAGUUCGUCUACAGCACGCACAUAUUUUGUUGUAACCUGCUGCUGGUGGAGACUCUGAAGGACUCGUUGUGCUUCAAAGUGUCAGAUCAGACGAUUCCCAAACAGCAGCACAUCGUCCAGACAAAGAACCAGGAGGAGAAGAGGCUGUGGGUGCACUACCUCAAGAGACUGAUUGUAGAAAACCAUCCUGCUUCUCUUCCUCAGAAGGCGAGGCAAGUCCUGGGAGACAACUUCUGCCAAUCUCCUCAGUUCGACCAGGACAACCUUAAGAAGUCCUCCGCGUCGCCGCGAUUGGACGACAUCCACGGCUAUCACAGAGGCAGACGGCAAUCAGGUCAGGAGCCUCCAGAGCUGCUGACCUACACGCCUGAGAAGUCCCGGAAGAGUCUGCCGCUGCUGCUGGACGGAAACCUGCCGUACAGACGCAGCCGGAGACGGUCAGCUCCGGCUAAAGACAUCGAAGCAGCGUUUCAUCCCAACGGGAAUCCUGCAGCUUUGAAGCAGCAGGCGGGCAGUGAGGGCGAGCUGUGCCAGGCAGACAGUCUGGGCUCAGCAGGCAGCAGCAGCACGCUCGCGUCCUCAGUCAUCGAGGUGGAGGCCGAGAGGUCCGACCCGGGCCUGACGCCACAGCUGCGAGCGAGCCGAGAGGACGAGGAAGAGGAUGAAGAGGAGCUGACCCCCCUCAGCCCUCAUCCCACCCUGUCCAUCACCGAAGAGAUCCUGGAGUUCAUCAACCAGAGCAGAGCCAGGGAGGGACUCGCCGCCAUCCACAGCGACACAACGGACCAGGUCCUGGCUCACCCCAAAGAGAGUCAGCCUCCAUCUAACCAGACCAACUUCACCUGCCCACUGCCCCCAGUCGCAUGCCCCUCCAGUCCAGAACAAAGACCCACAAUGCAACUGGAGCAGGAAAAAGAAAAUGAAGAGAUGAAGAACGACAACACCCUCCAAAUUCAGACGGUUGACUCUGGAGAGGAGAACAAACUUGAACAUGAGAUGACUAUAAAUGAAGUCCAAGAAAUUCCAGAUGCAACAAGUGAAGUGGAAAAAGGUGUGGAGGCGGAUGGAGAGUCACAAGGAGAAGUGGUAGAAGAAGAGGAGAAAACAAGGGAUGAAGGAGAAGAAGAGAUAAUUAUCCCUGCCCCAACAUUAGAUCUUCAUCCCUCCAUCUCAGCAGAGGAAGAAAAAGAGAACUGUAGCAGUUGUCAGUCACCUAGAGAAGAGGCAAACACUCCCUCCCCAAAUCCAGAUUUCCCUCAUCACCAAAUCCAGAGAUGCCAGCCGCCCACAAGAGGCUCCUACCUCACCAAGCGCGACAAGAAGAUAAUCGAAAAGAUCAGGAGUUACUACGAGGCUGCAGCCGAGGCCGAAGAGGAUGAGGCAGAAGAAGAAGAUGAACACGGAGAAGGAGUGGCAUCAAGAAGGAGAAACAGUUUCUCACAAAUCCCAUCUGGCUUGGUGAAGGAGUCGGUAUCACGCUUUGAUGUGAGUGGACACCAGGAGGAGCCAGAGAGUGGAGGUUCCAAGUAUGAAAUGACUGAAGCAAUCGAUGGAGAGACAGAACCUUAUUCCCCCACUGGUCCCAUCUCUUCCCCUACUCUACUCUCAGCAGAUGCAGAAAAUGAUGGACAGGCAGAUGAACCAAUUUGCUCCUUGGAAUUUGAUGCAGAGGGCCCAACCUCACCAACCUCUACCGUGAUACAGGACAAAGAGACCCCAAACCAAGUGGGUCUGAAUCUACAGUUGGACCCAGACAGGCCUAUUGGAGAAGAGGCUGAGAUACAGGACAACAAUGGAAAAGUAUGCAAAGGAUCAUUGGAAGAAGGACUGGAGGAACAGCAGGAGGAGGAGACAAGUGUUGUGGCUGGGGUGCACGGUGGGAAUUCACUGCAAGGAGAGAGAUCAUCUAUUACCAAACAGUACACAUGCAGAGAUGAAACGAUCGAAUCCGGUGCUGAAAACCAAUCUGUUAUGAACGGGCAUGAACCUACAGGACCAACAGGCCCAGCGGAACCAAGUGGAAGCCACAAGGAACCCCCUGCACCCUUGCCACCUACAGAACAAUGUGCAACAUCUGAGACCAAAACUGAGUCCACUUGGACUAAAACCAAACCCAGAGACCUAACCAAGACCAUCGGGAACCUUGAGAGUCUUCCCAGUCAGAUUAAAGUAGGUCGAUGGUCCCGCCACUCCAGGAUUGUCACUGCUAACCGGGUCUUGUUUGAGGGCAUGGGAUCGGACGUAGCCGGUAUUGGGUUAUUUGAGGCCAGCCCUGUGGUGGACCCCAUGCUGAUGGAAAACUCAGAGCGUAUUCUGAGCAAGGUCCAAACAUUGGCCCAUAUGUAUAGUGCCAAAGCCAGCACCAUGAAGGUCCCACUGCAUCAGAAACGCGCCAGUGCUGUAUGGAACCAAUCAUGGGGCUCAGGUCGACUGUCUGGACACUCAACUCAAACUGAAAGCUUGGCACAGUUUCAAUGUCAGUCUCAAAUACAGACCCCAACUAAGGUUCGGCAGCAACAACCAUACCACAUGGAAGUCAAUCAAUUAGAAACCCACUCAGAGACCAAAUAUGGAACCCAAACUCACUCCGAGACCAAAGUUCAGAACCAAACCGUAACGCAAACUAGGCAGCAAUCGCAGAUCCAAACUAAAAGCCAGAUGCGGAGUCAGACACAUUACCAAAGCCAGAAACACACCAAGACUUACAGCCAGUACCAGACACAAACUAUGUGCCGGGAGGACCAAACGAUCCAUGAGGAGAGGAUAAUAAAGAUGGCAGAGAGCCUGACGAAUGAUUUCCAGGAGACAGUGAUGGCCCCCUGUGAGCCUCUGCAGUUUGAUCAUGUGUUUCUUAAAGAGGAGCUUACCCCGCCCUGUCACCACCAGACAAAUGGAUUCACCCUCUCCAGGCCGAGGGACUUCAUCUCUGCCUUGACCAAAGAAAGUGACUCCAGCCUGGGCUGUAAAUCAAGUGACAACUCUCAGACUUCCACCACGUCUGGGGAAAAUCAGCCUACUUCGCUGGGAGACCAGUUAUCAUGUCAGGCCCAGGCACACAGCUGCUACCCCGGGUACACGUCCACUGACGCGCUCUUUGCUUCUACAGCAUCGAGGCGUCACCUCAAAACACAAGCUGAUGAUCAGAGCUGCAGUUUGUGCUGCUCUGCGAGUAACAGCCCCUUGACGUCAACCGGGAACUUUGAUUGCAGAGUCACCGAGUUCAGGGAUUACUGCUCUACAUCUUCCACAGGGAGAGGCGUAGCCUUGAAUCCAAACAGAGAGAUUUAUUCAGAUAUUGAAGAGCGAGAGAAAAGAGAAUGUACGGAGCUAAGUGAUGGAUGUCCAGUUGUCUUUGAGGACUCAACAUAUGCAAACAUCCUUACCAAGCCAGCCCUCUCUGAGCCAAAUGUCUCUGCUCACACCAUAACACUGUGGGACAUUUCCAAAGAUGCAGAUGAGCAGGAGAAAAAUAAACCAGAUAUACCAGCUGCUCAAUACAUACAAGAUGAACAAGCACCAGAAUACAAACCUUCCACGGGACAUACUGACAGCAAAGAUAGGUUAACCACAGAUAUUCAGAGUGUUCAUGCCGGGCCUGAAUACUUGGUUUGCACAAGUGCCAUGGAUGGAGAAGCCUCCCCAGGUGAGCUGGUGCUGAUGGUAGCAUCUACACAAAGUCAGGCUCCAACAGAGUACCACAGGUCCACCAUGCCUCACCCAGGACCGACUGGAGAGCAGUCCCAGAGGGCAACACUUGACCUGUCAGAGGGAGGUGCCACUACCCACGGGGUCUCUGGGGGGGCAAAGAACGAUGACCCCCCAAGCGAGCAGAUGAAUGAGACGUAUGAUUCUUUAUCACACAGCAGGAUGGUUCUCCAAGGUUCAGCAGUGAUCUUUACAGAAGAGAAACCUUAUUACAGUCAGCCUUCGCACACGACCUUUGACCCCUCACAGGCUUCUAGUUAUACAGUCACUGAAACCCCAGAGGAUCACCGAGCAGGAGCACCCAGUCCAUGGUCAUCGGUUCAAAACUCGACCCGACCACGGCCUCCAUCAGUGCAGUCUAUAGACUGUCUGCCAACGUUCACCAGCCAGAGGCCGCAGGACCUACCCACUACUAGACAGGCUCCGUCUAACAUCAGGGAACCAGGCCAACAGGACUCACAAUCCCCCACCAGCCGCCCAUCUUCCAGACCCUCCUUUGAGACCUCCAAUCUGGGGGAGAGAGCUGACUUUGCCACCCCUGGCCAGAACACGGACCUCACUGCGUCCCCCUCAGCCUUCAGACCCAGCCUCAGGCACCGCUCUCCCUCCCCUGUUAUAGCUCUCCCUCCCUCCUCCUUCCAAUCGCCUCCCUGCUCUUCACCAUUCGGGGUUGUUCCAGCAUCUUCUCCCACCCCUGUGUCUUUUGAAGAUACCUCCCUGAACACUGUCUCCAGGUCUCCUCCCUGUUUCUCUCCUACUCCCUCUUCUGGGAGGGUCUCGUCGAUGCAAGCUCCCCCUGACUCCUCUCCGCCACCCUCUUCUGCUUUCACUCCCUCUUCCACUUCUUCUGGGAGGUCCUCAUUCAUACGAGCAGGUCCUCCUUCCUCCCCUACACCGUCUUCUUCUCUCCGCUCACCCCCAUGCUCCUCCCCCAUCGCUUCUUCUUCUGCAUUCACCAGAUCCUUAGCUGCCUCCUGUAUUAGCCAGUCCAUCAGUCAGAGUAUGGCGAAGAAGAACGUACAACAAGCCCCACCCGUGAACACAAUAAACCAAAGCCCCUCCUCCACAUCUUCCUUACCCUCCUCUCAUCUGCGACGGCUCUCCCCUUCACCUACACUCCCUCCCAGUCAGCAGGGCUCCAGCAUGCCUGCGUAUACCCAAUUAGGGUGCGCUAAAGAUGGGUACCAACAUCCAAGGGGUCCGCUGUUCUCUCUCUGGUCCUCUUGCCCUCCUUCUCUCAUGCAGUCACCUCCUCCUUCUCUUACCCAGCGCUCCCCUUCUCCAUCUAUGAACCAUCAUCAGUCUUCUUCUCCAUCCCCUCGUCCCUCAUUCCUUCACUCCAAAACUGAUUCAUCGCCUAACGCAAACCACAACAACAACAACAACAACGUUAGCUUAGCUGGUAUGAACACAGCGAGUAGCAAUGUAAGUAAUACCAGCAGCUGUAGCACUAACCGUGCUAUCAGUAAUGGGGGUUGGUCAGUAAGUCCACAGAAGGCGCCACUAACUAACGGUAGCACUAACGCCGCAGCAAUGCAAAAAAACCCUGAUCCUCAUUGGUCGGGGUCACACAAUCGUGUAGCUCGGCCUUUUUCUGCAUCCGAACCCAGCUCACGAGUUCAGUCCCCAUCUCCCUCUCCAACCCCUGCCUCAUUUACUCGAAUCUGCUCCCCACCUCCUCAACAUAAUUACUCCUCCCCCAUGGCGAACAAACCUCCGCACCCUCGGAGCACACGGGUAGGAAGUGCGAGUUCCCAUAACCUACUAGGCCUCACUUUGGAGCUACCCAGGACCUCUUCAGCAAGUUCAGCAUUUGGGCAGUCCUCCUUAUGUCUAAGCCCUCGGAUUCUCUCCCCGCCUCCUAUUGGUGCGUCAGUGAAUGUUUGGACAAAUAAUGUCGCAGCACCUCAACCUAGAAACCCUAGAUAUACUUCCUCCUCUCCCUCUCCUUCCUUUUCUUCCUCAUUAGGCUCACCAACACUGGAGAAUGCCUCUUUCCCCACUUCUUCUUUAGUCCCACUGCGUAGUUCCAGAGCCUUAUCUCCUUCUGCACCUCCUGCAACCUCCCAAACUCUCCGUAGGUCUUUCUCCUCCAACCUGGCAGACAGAACCCCUAGCCCACCCCGGAGCAACCCCAGUGGACUGCGCCGAUCUUGGGCAGACAGCAGCCGUAGGUCCCUUGGUUUUAGUGGUAGUGGCCAAGGUUCUUUUGACCAGCAAGAGUCCUGUCCAACCAGUCCAAGGAGUGGGUGGUCGUCAUACGGCAGCUCACCGUUCUGCCUCAGCCCUCGAGCUGGGCUUCAAUCCCCACUCUCACCUAGCAGGCUUACCCCAGGGAAGGGCACCCAUGGUGGGCAGCAUUUCACCAGCGUGCCCUGGCCUGAUGUACGAGAGCUUUCAAACAAAUACAAUGGAACUGAUGUCCUCGAUGCAAGUUCUCCUCUCUCCUCGCUCUCCCACACCCUCCUCUCCUCUCCUGCUCCAUCAGACAGCCAGACCGAAUGGGGAGACCAAGAGCUAGAAGACGGUAAUUGUCGAAGCCAGCUGAUCUGCGCCUACGUUGCCAGGCCCUCCUGUGAACAAAACCUCUCCUCCACAGGCAUGGUUCUCUCCUCCACAGGCAUGACCUCUCCUCCAAUUGCCCCAUACCUGCACCACAACUACCAAACCACAUCACCUUCUGUACACUCAAUACCUUCCCCCUUGCCCCUAAGCUCAUCACCACUACCCUUUGCCCAUUCAUCUCCUACCAAACAGGGGAACCAGAAGACCAGUUAUGCCACCACGGUCAACCUCCAGAUCGCUGGAAGCGGCCGAAUAACCUCCUUCAGCACCGCUCAGGUUAGCCUGACCCAAACCUUGCAGGGUGGAGCCGGAGCUGUAGUACCAGGGCAGGGGCAGAUGACGAGGAGAGUAAGCAUCAAUGGACUUUCACACCUUGCUUCACCUCUUCCACAGAACUGUAACAGGCUAUGAAUGAAAGGGAGACGUCUUCCCUUCAUGGCCUUACAAGACAAGAUGGGCCAAAAGGAAAGGAAAUGGAAAGAACAAGGCAUUAGAAGAAAUGUGCACUUGUGAAUUUAUAGCAGAUACAAAAAGUUAGCAUUAGACGUUGUUGUGUAACAGCUGGUUUCCAGAGCUAUUCCAUGAGUCCAGCAUGCUGAAAAUGAUCUUUAACAAAUGGCAAAGCAAGGGAUACUUUCACUGUGGAAAAAGUUCACAUCUGAGGGACAUAAUGAAUGUUGUCAACCCUAUUCGACAGCGAUGGGAUGCGUUUGGAGUCAGAUGUAAUGCAGAGUACACAUUGGAUCUUGGUGGCUUCUGAUUUGGACCUGAGCUUUGAACAGAUGACCUUUCGAGAAUGUACAUUCUACCUGCACAUGGCUCAUAUAUUUCUGACCUAUAAUGACUUUUAAUGGAAUUGCGUAUAUUGUAACAAGUACAGAAAUAUGUUGCCAUCUAUGGAAAUGUAAAUGAAUCAGUUGUAAUCUUGCUGGAUGAGCUCCUAAACGUUGAGUGUCAACAGCUGGAUGUGAUGAAUUCUUGGUCGUGGCCAUAUAAAGAUCGGGUUACACUGUUGGAACGUUAAACACUCUGUUCAUUGUUCAGUUCACUUCCUCUUUCUGUGGUUGUGAGGACUUCUUGGAGUAACGGAUCAUUUGAUCAUUUAUUGAGCUGUAAAUGUACAUUUUUAUUUUGCUAAUCCUGCAAACACAGACGCGUUGAAGGUCGAGUGUCCAACCAGUGCUGUACGCAAUCACGAUUACUUAAUGUAUUAUUAUUUGUUAUCAGUUUGCUAUGUUUGUUUGUUGUCUUUCUUUUUUCCUUUUAUAUUCUGUUGAACACACAUCAUGUCGGGCUUUCUGAGGCCAGUGUUUAAAGUUAACUGUGGUUAUUAAUAAUCUAUCUUUUCAACCAUUGUAUUCUUCUUUUAUUUGAUGGUUUUAUUUAUGAAGUUAGUCUUAUUCUCUUUGGCACUUAUUAUCCUUAAAAUAAUGUCUGUAUUUUGCACAGUGUCCUCAGCUCUUGGGUUCAUGCAUCAAGCGUGUGUGAGUGUGUGUUUGUCUGAAAAUGACGCGUCUGGUAAAUUCUGCUUUAACUUCAGACCAGGCAAAUAUCUGUGUUUUUAAUGCUGUGUUGGUUUUAUUGAUGUACUCCGUUGGUUGAUUUAAGCCUCUCUGUUGUCAGCGUCCUUCUGAAACCUUCAGUCUUGAGCUUCACUGGGUUGCAAAACAAAAACAAUUAGGUUGAAAAUGCUGCAUGAACUCACGUUUAUGAUCAAAGCUUAAGGCUUACGUGUACAAUUUCUAUUUGUCCAUAAAAACUGAUCAGGUUGCAUUGAAUUUAAUGAUUUAAUGUCCGUACACAUUAAUACAUUUUUUCCAGGUGAAAGAAAAGACAAUUCACAUUGAUGGAAAAGUGGAGAGAAGUAUUACAUUUAACCAAAUUUUUGUUUUUAUAUCGAAUUUUCCUCCCAAUUGUUAAACAAUUGCUUUUAAAAAACAAAAAAUAAUGCUGUUAAACUUAAAGCUGUAAAAUGUCACAAUACCCGUGGAGGUCAAAUAUAAAAAAUUUUUUUAAAGAAAUGUGUGGUUUCCGCAGGGCGCUGGUGACAACCUGGAGAGAACAUGUUGUUUUGGGGAACUGGUGAAAAGGGAAAUAUUAACUAAAUGUUCAUCCAGUAACAGUAACUCAUAGUCAGUGACAUGUAUGGAAAAUAAAGGUAUGUGGUGCAAAAUCA